AUGAAAAAAUGUCUUGAUGUAAAUCCAGUAAAAGACCAAAUGCUGAACAAGUUUUGGAGUGCUUUACGCUCUAGUAAUGAAUAUCUUAAUAUGAAAUUAAUUCAGAGCGUGCCUAAAUCAAACAUAGAAAAUUAUAAAGAAACAAUAUUUAAAAGUAGAUUCUUUAGAGUUGAAGAUGUUUCACAACUAGUGAGUUCUAGGGGCUAUUCAUAA